UUUUGUUGUCAACUCGGUGUUGGACCGCACGAUUUUAUAAAUAAAACCUGCGAUUAUAAGUGAAAUUUGCUUACAAAUGCUUUGAUAUCUAAUUCCUAGAACUACCUGGACUAUACUUAUGUUGGGUUAAAGAAUGGACAGAGGAAAAAUGCCUUCAGCGGGUCGAGGAGCUAAAAGCAAGGCUCCACAGCACCCACAAGAUAUCUUUGCGUUGGGCAGUAAGUCCACUGUGGUGGUCUCCAGGGACCCUGAGAAGAGAAACAUCCAUAAACCUUCUACCAGUGGUGUAGAACGCAAAAGAGAACCCUCAGGGUUUGGCAGUCAGCCGCCCAGCAAGCGUGCGAGAAUUGGUUCACCUGCUGAGGCAGUUGGAGGUACAUCUCUUGAAGUAGACCCGGUGGACCUGGUUUACAUUGAGGAUGCCUUGAAUGAGCGUUGCUGGGUGGAAUGUUCAUGGUGCAAAUGCUUCGUGGAGAAUGUGGUGACUGCGUUCAGCACCAAACAGCCACCAUCACACCUAAUACCCACUGAUAACACCUUGGUCAUGUUUUUACAUUCGUGCUACAGAUAUUCUACUAGCUAUGAGGCGGUGGAGACACUCGUCCUGGAAGCCAUCAAGGAACAGAUCCAACGUCGCUCGGCGGCCCCCGACGCUAUCGGCAAGGGAUUCCUCAAGCUACUGUCUGCCACGUGCGGCUUCCCAGAGAUCCGUAUGAUAUCAGCGUCUCGCCUCGAAGCGUGGCUGCAUUCGGGCAAGCUGUGGCGCUGUGCGCAGGAGUUGUUGGCCUACGUGUGUUGUAACUGCGACGCCUGCGGACCCACCGCGGCCAGGGACCACGAGGUGCUGGCUCAGCUGGCGCGGAUGAGGCUCAAGACCAAACCUCUGCAGGCGGCCUACCAGGCCUGUCUUCGAGAGAUGGUGUCGGACAGCCCUCCACUCCUGCGCAGCGUAGUGACGCAUACGAUCUACAACGAGCUGUCCAACGUGCGGUCCCCCAACAACAUGGCGGAGUUAGUUCUCCGGCCAGAAGAUUAUCUUCGUCCGCUACGCGCGUUAACGCGCGAGGUGGUGCGUGCAGCGCGCGCAGACGCGCAGGCACUACUGCCGCUGGCGCGUGCGCUGGCGCAGCCUCCGCCACACGAACCGCCGCAAGAAGUGAUGUUCGUGGAGCCAGCGGAAACAUAUAGCAAGGUGGACAACUGGCCCCCAGAGUCGGAGCGUGCCGCCACCUACCGGUUAUGUUGCGAGGCUCCGUUACCUCAGAACACGCUACUACGGGUCAUCUUCAUCGGCCUCUCCAAGGACAUCCCGGUGUCACCGGCAGAAGUGUUCGAGCUGGUGGAGCAGUUGGUGCGCCGCGCAUGCGCCCUGCCCGCCGAGGAGAACCCCCUGCAGGUGGACAAGCUGGAGAUAGCUGACUACAUCUUCCAGCUGUGUCAGUUCAACCCACCUGAUAAUAUCACACUGCCGGCUGGCUACACCCCUCCAGCGCUGGCCAUCACGUCGCUGUACUGGCGCGGCUGGAUCCUGCUGACGAUGCUGGCUGCCCAUAACCCCCAGCAGUUCGCAGAGCGCGCCGCCGCCAUGUAUCCUACACUCAGAGCCCUCAUCGAGAUGUGUAUCACCAACAAGCCGAGUAUAGAAUGGAGUACCAGUACCACGGCGGAGGCGGAGCGCGCGGAGGCGGAGCGAGCUGCCAUACUACAGCUGGAGACUCACCUGGCGGCCGCCAGUAACUCCAAGAUGCCGGUCAAUGAACAUAACUCCAGGCUGCUCAGUCAGCUAACCACUUUGGAACCCCUGGGUCCUGCGAGGAAGCCUCCGCAAGCGAUCAUAGAGACCCUGCAGGCGAUGAGCUCACAGAUGAGGCUGGGCAAGUUAUUGUGUCGACAACCGGCGCUACUGCUGGACCUGGUGGAGAGACAUGGAACUAGGAGAGCCAUGCCCUGGCUACAUCAACUGCUCAGGCACGACCAGCUCGAACUUAGCGUGCUGCCGGUGCAGUGCCUGUGCGAGUUCCUGUCGGCGGGCGGCGCGGGCGGCGAGGUGGGCAAGGCGGGCGAGCUGUGCGGACACCUGCGCCGCACCGUGGCAGACUCCGAGGCGGGCGCGCGCGCCGUGCUGCACUACUACAUGACGCGCCUCGCGCACACACACGCGCCCACCCGCGCGUCCGCCAAUAGGGGUCUGAAGCUGGUGCUGCAAUCUUCAGACGAUACAUCUGAAACUGAUUACAACGCUGACGUUGGUCCCGACGAGUGGCUGGAGCUGGUGUGGGCGCUGCCGCACUGGGAGGCCGUGCGCGACGACGUGGUGCUGCGCGUGCGCACCGCCUGCGCCGUGGAGUGCGUGCCGCGCCAUCUGGCCGCCUACAUCGCCUUCCUGCAGCACUACGUCGCCUGCACGCCCGCGCUCGACCAUACCGACCUCGUGCUCGAUCUGGGCCAGGUGAUAAUGGAACGAGCGCAGGUGAUGGGCAACGUACUGGGCACGGGCGAGCGCACCGAGCACGACGUGCACGACGCGCACGAUACUAACGUGCACGAGUUACAGCGCGCACAGCAUCGUGCGCUGUAUUCACUCACCAAGAUAUUAUAUGACUAUCUGCAAAAGCUCCGUAGCGGCGCAGCAUGCGAGGCUAGCGCGGGCUCGGCGUGGUCGUUCAACGAGCGCGUGUCCGUGCAGUGGCCGAGCGGACGUACUGCGCGCAUGCAUCUGGUGUUGGCGCACGCGUACGUCAAACUGCUGUGUAUUGGACCCUCUAUGUAUGACACAAACCAAGAAAUGUACUCCUGGUUGAUGUCGGUAUGGGUGGGCAGCGAAGCCCCGGCGGCGUACACCGCGUCGGGGGCGGAGGCCUGCCUGCUGCCGGACUGGCUGCGCCUGCACAUGGUGCGGUCGGCGCGGCCGCCGCUGCUCGAGGCCGGCAUGAGAGCUCUACCUGCGCCUAAACUGGCACUCUUCAUACAGACUUUCGGCAUGCCUGUGCAAGCUAUGAGUGCGCUCCUGUCAGCCCUGGACGCAUGCCCAGCGGGUGCCCUGUCCCGCCUGGGCGUGGAACGCGGGUACAUGUCACAGUUGCUGGGCGUGCAGCGCGCGCGGGGGGCCACUGGUGGACAUGCCUUCGCAGCCACGCUCAGACUCACGCCGCUCACAUACCCACCUGCGUUGGAGGCCGCGUCUCCCAGUACAUUGGAAGCUCUGGGCAACCGCAUCAUAUCGAGCCAGGACACGCGCGUCAUUGUGGACGUCAUUACACACAUACUCGAGAAGAGCCAGGAUGGACACUACGAGUCCAAGAUAAAACACGAGGAUGGUAGUGCGGGUCCUGCGCACGUGUUCUCCCGCGGCGGCCUCGGCUGCGGCCUGCUGCUGGACUGGAUGUCGGAGCUGCAGAGGGAGGCUCUCGGGCCCAGCGACCAGAGGCAUCGGCAGUGGCUGGUCUCCGAGUGCAGUGCUGGACUUCGCGGAGACGUUGGUGGAGAGUCCUCGCGUGUGGCAGGGCCGGGACAAGACCACGCCCAAACAUUACGUGCCCGACGACACGCUGCGGCUCAACUACCAGCAGCUGGGCGUGAUGGUCCGCUACGUGGCGGAGGAGGUCCGCGCGGUGGAGCGCGAGGGCGGCGCGGAGGCGGCGCGGCGGCGGGCCGACGCGCGCCUGCGGCUCCUGCUGCGCGCCGCGCCCGCGCGCCGCAGCUGCUGGCCGUGGCGGCCGCCGCGCAGCUACACGACCCGCUGCUGCUGCUGCUGCUGUACAUGAAGGUGCCGAAGAUCCUGCCGCUGGUGCUGCAGUCGGGCCCGCGCAGCCGGCCGCUGUCGCUGCUGCCGGUGGCGGGGGCGGCCGCCAGCUCCACCAGCGCCACCGACCGCGUGUCGCACGCCCUGCUCACCGCCAUCGCCGCGCCCGCCGCGCACUCCAAGGACUACAACCAGAAACUGUGGCGCAUGGAAGCAGAAGUCCGAGGUCUGUGGGCGCGCGUGGGCGGCGCGGGGUCCCGCGCGCUGGGGCUAGCCGCCGCCCUGCUGCGCGGCGCCGGGCCCCAGCUGCGCUACCACACGCACGUGCUGGCCGCGCUCGAGGUGCUGCCCGACCACGAGCUGUUCGCGCCCACCAACACUGCAGACCUGCACAGCAUCCUGGAGUGCUUCCUGGCCCUGGCGCGCUCGCAGCCCGGCGGGGCCGCCAGCCCGCUGCUGCACCGCGUGUCCGCCAUACUGCGCCGCUACCUCGCCUGCAGGCCGCAGCUCGCCGGGGCCCUGCUGCACCAACACAAGGACACUAUCGCCAACACCCCAGCGCUGUCGUCGCUGCAGGCGGCGGAGGUGAGCGCCCCGGCGUCGGCGGCGCCGCCCCCGCUAGCGUUGCAGGCCCUGCAGCGACGGUGCGACACUCCAGACAACUUGCACUGGAUGCUGCAGGAGAUCGAGGCGUGGGGCUCCCGUCGCGGCGGCGCGUGGGGCGGCGGCGUGUGGGCGGGCCACGUGCUGCGCUGCGCCGCGCCGCACGCCGCCGCGCCGCACGCCGCGCUGCGACACACCGCGCUCUCGCUGCUCGCCAAGCUACUGCCCGCCGUCACCGACACCACGCCCGGUCUGCAAGCAGUACUGGAGUGCCUGGACUCUCACCAGCCUGAAGUGACGCAAUCACUGCUGGACAAACUACCAGAUAUACUAGUGGGCAUGCAGGAGCACGCCGCCAAGAUACUGAUGCGAGUAUUCGAGCUGGGACUCAAGUCGCGGCACCCCGUGGAGCCCUGCAUCGCCAAGUGUGUCACCACCAUUAACUUACAUCGAGGAUGUUAACUUGAGUAUUGUGUAUGACCAGACUAAGGAAAAAUCUAAGUGUGAAAAACAAUAAGACACCUCAAUAAUAGGAGACAAGAAAGAAAGACAUUUUUAGUCAUUGUGUGAACGACAUAAGAGUUACGUUGUUCAGACACAAAAUCAGAACAAUCACUUUGGUCAUGUAAUAGGUAUGUCAAAUAUUAUAAUAAUGUGUUUGUUAAUGAAUGAAUUAUGACCAAGUUUGUAAAAACUAUGUAGAUAAGUAAAUAACAAAUUUUCUCUGACUGGACUGGACUGGAUUUCGUUUAGUAAAAAAGGGGUACUGGGAAUGAAUUUGAGUAUGGAUGCUUUAGUAUUAUGUUCGUACUUUGAACAAUAAUCAUCUCAUAGACUAGUAACCAACAAUAGGUAUUGUAC